CGUUUAUUGGAUACAAACAAACAGACGCCCAAACAGACAAGCCAAAUUUAUAUAUAGAUUAUCUAUUUAGACACUUAUUUCUAACUGAAGGUUGGACUGGAUUUACACUUGAACAAGACUACAUUAGUGCAGAGACGAAAAGAAUUUUGUCCAACCUGACCUGGCAGCAUUUUAUCAGCAUUGUCUUGAAUCGUGGAUUUUUCAAGAAGUUAACUUUGAGUGAAAUAUAUUCUGGUCAAGAUGACUUAGUAUUUGAGGCAAUAAUGCUAAUGCACUGGGCGCCAACCUGGGUCACUGCUGGAGUCUGCAAACCAUCCUACCUACCGGAUAUAAUUAUGCACUUGGAAAACAUAGAAUCAGAGUUUAAAUCAUUACUUGGCAAGCUUGGUCUCCAGUCCUCAGAGUAUAGACUGCCCCUAAUUAUUAUAAGAGGAACAAAUCCCAUUGGGGACACGAAGGAGGAUGAUUAUAAAACAUAUUUUUCACAACUAAGCAAAGAUCAGGUGUACAGUUUAUAUCAGCUGUACAGUCUUGAUUUUGAGUUGUACGGUUAUUCGCCACAGAAGUACAUGGAAUAUGCACAUUAAGAUUAAAUUAACAAACAAAGCAUGUAUGUAUUGAUUUGAUAAAAUCACUUUUCCAAUGGGUGUACAUU